AUGUUCGACUACGCUUUCGCGGAGAACGGACUGACUGCAUACAAGAUGGGCAAGCAAUUGCAAUCCCAAUCAUUCAUCAAGUUUCUAGGGGAAGAGAGAUACAAGCCGCUUGUCAACUUUAUUCUUCACUAUAUCGCAGACCUGGACAUCCCGAUCAAGCGAGGAACAUUUGUCGAAUUUAGAAAUGGAAUGAUCAAUCGAAAUCUGUUCACCAGCCACAGCCAACAGGAGCGGCUCGACUUCCUCGAAUAUGACAAGAAACACGGCGUAAGAGCGGCUUUUGUGCAGGUCCUCAAGGAGAAAUUCCCCGACUAUCCCUUGACGUACGCCAUCGGUGGACAGCUAUCCUUUGACAUUUUCCCACAUGGUUGGGACAAGACGUAUGCUCUUCGACACGUUGAGGAUGAAGGAUUCACCGAGAUCCAUUUCUUCGGAGACAAGACUCAUCUGGGCGGAAACGACUACGAAAUCUUUUCGGAUAGCAGGACCAUAGGGCAUACCGUGACGAGCCCGGAAGACACCAUGCGAGAGCUGAGGAACUUGUUCUUCUAG